AUGGCUGCCGUUAGUCGUCAACCGUUUGCUCCCCUUAAUGAGGGGAGGUUGUCGGGGCUGACGAGUUUGAAAAACAGACAGAAUGCCCUCUCUACCAAGAGGAAGGCCGCCGAGGUUGACCCCCUCGACGAUGCCGAAAAUGUCGACCCCAGCAUGUUCUCGAAGCGGGCAAAGUCUUCACACCUCUACAUCAUGAAGCCUUCCCAGUAUGUCCUCAAGAAGGCCAGCACACCAGUCCCCUCUGUCGGAAAGAUGGUUCUCGGCAACACAUCCACCCAGCCUAGGCACAUCCUCCAAGCCAAGUCUCAGCAGAUUCGUCUCAAUACUCGCAUUGCCGCUUCCACAACCCUCACUGCCCCCGCUGGCCGAUCUCCCACUCGCGGCUCCAAGAAGGACGGUAUCCUUUCCAAGCGCCGCACCCAACGCAUCGAGCCCCCAUCAUUUGGAGGCGUUUCUGCACCUUUCUCCCUCGAUGCCGCCCUCAUGGGUACCAUUCCCAGCUAUUUCGGCGGCCUUCGCGAGACCAAGUCAACAAAAUCCACCAACACCAAAACCGAAUCCUUCUUCCCCUCGACCAUGAAGUCUGACUGGUUCUUCGACAUCCACGAGGACACUCCCGAGCAGGAAAUGACCAACCUCCUGCAGCACAGCACCUGCGUCCUUGACAUCAGCAGUGACGAGGAGACCGAAAAGCGCGAGACGCGUGAAUGCGCAGAGGGACGUGACAAGGAGAACGUGCCGCCUACCGAUGAUGUCAGCCAGAUUCCCCAGUCUGCACGGACUCCUUCGACACGAGGUGCAGGUUCGGAUGCAGAUGACAUGAUGGUGGAGAAGAACAGGGGUCCGUUGCAGGAGAUGAACAGCCAAGAUUUCUGGCCUGAAGGAACCGAUGACGAGGAUUUCUUUGUGGUGCCCGGUGAUGAGGAUGAUGUUGCCGCGUCCGUUGCUGGCCCCGCGGUUCAGACUGACGAGGCACAAGAGGAGGACAGCGAGAAGUCCCACAGCGACAUUCCCCACAUUUUCGUCGACAACUUCGAAGAUGACGAAGCCGAUGAGGCCGACACCAGCUCUUGCAGCGACUCCGACGAUGUGGCCAGCAUCGAUGGCAUUAUGGGCGUUCACGACGGACCGGUCAAGGCUGCGGUUUUGGAGCCGAUCGAGGGCACGGGCGAGAGCUUUGAGCUCUGGGAGAGCGAGAGCGCCAAGGAUCAGGCCAGCGCCCCGUCCUCGCCGGUUCGUGAGAGUGUUUUGGGAGAGGUGGAUAUUGCUGAAUGCUAG